AUGCAAGCAUCGUCAACAGGCAAUCCUAAGCCGCGCAAACCCCGUCCAUCUCGAGCGCGAGGCUUACGUACAACCACCGGAUGCCUUACCUGCAGACGAAGGAGGGUGAAGUGUGACGAGCUGAGGCCACGAUGUGCGACAUGCAGCAAAUCCGACAGAGAAUGUCUGUGGCCGUCGCCAAAUGACCCCAUUGGCGGCACGGGAAGCAAUGCGUCUGGUUCUGUUCAAUCAGAAACUUCACCAGCUCAAGAUGGCUCUUCUGCUGCUGCCACGUCGCCAGGGCCUGCUAGACGACCAAUUCCAGGUGAUAUCGAUUCUCAGCUCUGGAACAAUUCUCCUGAGCUAUUGUUCGACUCUCCGUCGACCGUCAUCAACUCAUUGCCGUCGCCAAAUUCGGCACCUUUGGCCUACUACGACCUGCUUGCCGAGGAUGCCAUCAACAACAUUGACAAGUACAACCUCAAUGUUGACCUAGACAGGAACAAUUUGUCCAGACAGUCAAGUCCUGUCGCGGAUACACCAGGUUCAGGCCCGCAGCUACACUCAAGCCAGCAAGCACUAGAAGCCGAAUCGUCGGCACAUGAGCAAUGGAACUCAACCAACCCCAUACCCAUGUCUGACGAUGAGCUCGUGCUUUUUCAACACUACAUUGCUGUGAUUGGUCCUAUUUUGGAUCUGAACGACCCUUCCAGGCAGUUUACGGAAACUGUUCCUUCUCUGGCUGUCCAUAAUGUAGGCCUCAUGAAGUCUCUACUCGCUGUGUCGGCACGGCACAUGGCACUCCUGAAUGAGCCACAAAUCUGUCGGUUAAACAUACAAGACCCAUCCCCGGACGGCGACGACGGCAGGAUGAGGAACCUUCAAAGUCCUCUGCUACAGGCGGGAACACAAUAUUACUAUGAGACUUUGCAGUACCUGUCGAAGAAUCUUUUCUACCCUUCCUACAAUAGGUCUAGGGAGAUUAUAUCAACAUCUAUUCUCAUUAGUACCUAUGAGAUGUGGGACUCUGAAGGCCAAUACAGCAACGGAGCCUGGGAGAGACAUUUGCGUGGUAUAUUCUGGAUACAGAGGAGCCAAAACAACAACGGAGAGUCCAAAGACCCACUUCGGAGAGCUGCCUGGUGGCAAUGGAUACGUCAAGAUACCUGGGUCGCAUUCCGCGAAGGACGUCGCGUUCUAACUAUUUGGAGACCGACCAAGCGUUUGAUGGACCUAAGCCCGGACGAAUUGGCUUUGCGGAUUGUGUACAUAUGUGGGCGAUGUGUAGACUUUGCCGCAAACGAAAAGAAGUACGACCUGAACACUCGCAUCGACCAAGCCGGAAAGCUCCUGCAAGCUCUGGAAGAUUGGCAUCGAGCGCUCCCAGUAUCCUUCCAUCCCAUUCACCGAGGACCGCCACCUGGACCUGGCGCCAUGUUUGCGCCCAUCUGGAUUCACCCUCCUUCGUACGCAGCUGCUGUUCAAACGUUUCACUUUGCGAGAAUCAUAGUUCUCAUCAACCAGCCUUCAAUGGGAGGUGUCGACGAAUUCCGGAUUCGACAACGUAGCCUGGACGAAAGCGUAGACAUGAUCUGUGGCAUUGCGAUGGCACACCAAGGCAGAGAAAUUCCAAGUGCCAUGGUGAACUUCAAGUCCAUCUAUGCUGCUGGUUUAUGCGUUCAAGAACCCGUCAAGCAAACAGCUAUCUUGAACCUCCUCGACCAGACGCUCGAUGUCACCAAGUUCCCACCGAAGACACUACUCAACGAUCUUACCAGCUAUUGGCGGGCUGAAGCAUGA